CCCAUCAGGAGAACACAACCGUUAUGGAGACGAUUCUCAGGGAUAACAAUACAUGUUACUUCCCAAGAUGAUUGUUAAUACUUGUUAAAGGAGGAGCAGGAACUACAAGUAACUUUCGUCAAUCUUAUAGAGUUUAAAUAAUGGACAACUGAACGUAUUUUUCCAGGAUGAAACUCUCGGUUUUUCUUACAUGCCUGGCUUGCUUUCUGGCUGGAGUUUGGGCUGCAUUUCGUUAUCCAGCGUUUGAAGAACCCGCCCGAAAUUCUUCAAAAACACAAAUCACAUUUGGUGUAAUACUUCCCAAUACCCUGCUUAUCACAGUGGCAAGGUCUUACUUGAAAACACUCACCGAAUCUGUAGAAACUUUUACACUUAGUAGGCACGUUAAAUAUCAUUUUAAAAACCACUACAAAAUAUCUUCACCUUUUGGAGCAUCAAUGUCUUUGAACCCAAGUCCUACAGAAAUAUUAGACGUGUUAUGCAACAAGGUGGUGAAACGAAAUGUCGUUGCUAUUCUUUACUUCACUAACUCGAACAUAUUUGGCAGCAAUGCUGCAUCUGUGCAAUAUUUGUUACAACUCACAGCUUACUUGGGGAUUCCUGUGAUAGCAUGGAAUGCUGACAAUAUUGGCGUUGAGCAGCGAGUCUCAGAGUCGAGAAUUCUUCAGCUUGCUCCGUCAAUGGAACACCAGGCGGCUGCCAUGUUGGGACUCCUGAGGAGGUAUUUCUGGCACCAAUUCUCCAUCGUUACCACUCUUAUAGGUGGACACGAUGACUUUAUACGUGCCGUCAGAGAUCUCGUUCUGGAGAGUACAGAAUUUAGAUUUAAUAUUCUCGGAGUCUUCGUACUCAAAGGAAACACUAGAGACGAAGUAAGAGCUGAACUGGAACAUCUGAAGAAGAGCGACACCCGGGUCAUUCUGCUCUACGCUACCAAGGAGGAAGCAAUCAAUAUCACGAGCGCAGCAUACGAGUUGGGGAUGACGGGUAAAAACUAUAUGUGGAUUGCUAGCCAAUCAGUUGCUGGAUCAGGAACAGUCUACUCUGCUCCUGACCAGUUUCCCAUGGGUAUGUUAGCUAUUCACUUCAACGCCAGCACUAACGUACUAGAGGACGAAAUGGAACGAGCAAUAACUAUAUUUUUCCGUGGGUUAGAACUUUAUGUGAAAGAUCAACGAAACCACAAUCAAACUCUUACUCACAACUUACACUGUAAUGGUGUUGGAGAUACUCGAUGGAACCAUGGAGACACGUUCUUCAG